AUUUUUUUUUAAAGUGGUUUUUACUUUGCUUCCUUGCGAAGAUUGUAUGGAGGGGAUUGGUGCAUAUGUGGAUGUUUUCUUGGUUUUAGUUUUUUGGUGUUGGGGUUAGCAUACAUGGGUUCUAAAUCAGUUGAGGAUAUGAUAAAGGCCUCAUCCGGGGUGCCAUACGCAUGGUUUGGAGUCAAUGCAAAAGACUUUUAUAUCCCUGGACAGUGUCAUUACCACACCUCUUUAGGGACAAUUUUAAUAUAUGUUUAAUGUUGUAGAUACCGUUUUAGCCCAAAGCCCUACCCUAUCAUAUCUUUUCUUAACAUAUUAGGGCCUAAAGCCCAUAUAACUAGACAAAGAAACUCUUAACCCAAGGGCAAAACUCUGUAGCUGUAACUCAGGCUUCCCCUUUCUGGCUGCUGGUCUCUGCUUUCCCUUUUAAAUCGCUGCCAUUCUUCAUAGCAGGCAUUUACUUGAGGUUUCAGUAGUUUUGCAGCAUAUCUAUUGGUUGCUCUGUCCACAAACGAGCCACAAUCUCCUAAACCACGCCAACAGUGAAGUGCGGGUGAUUGCUUGCUUUCCUUUGCUCUAAAAAUGUCAUCAUUAAGAAAUGCCAUUAGUAGACGGGCUCACAAAGAACGAGCUCAACCGUCCUCAAGGAAAAAAUUUGGGCUUCUUGAAAAACACAAGGAUUAUGUUGUCCGUGCGAAAGCAUUCCACAAAAAGGAGGAAACUUUACGGAGACUCAAGGAGAAAGCCGCAUUCAGGAAUCCUGAUGAAUUUUACUUUCAGAUGAUAAAAACAAGAACUGUUGAUGGAGUUCAUAAACCUGAGAGUCAGGCUAACAAAUACACUCAAGAAGAACUCAUGCUAAUGAAGACCCAAGACAUGGGAUAUAUAUUACAGAAAAUGCAAAGUGAAAAGAAGAAAAUUGAGAAGCUAACUGCAGUUUUGCAUUGUAUUGAUAAUCAACCAUCUAACAGACACAUUUACUAUGCUGAAGACAGGCAAGAGGCUAGAGAAUUAUAUUCACAAUCUUCAGAAAACAGAACUCCUCCCUCUUCUGCUGAUAUCCCUGAUCAUAUUAAAAGGAAGACAGCUACAUCGUACAGGGAAUUAGAGGCCAGGAAGAGUAGAGUAAAUGAGCUGGCGAAAAUAUAUAUGGAAAUGUCAUUGAAGAAGGAAUUACAGAAAAAGGGUCGGAAGCGCAAACUCCGUGAAGACGAGUUAAUAUGUCCAACCUCCAAGCCAGUGUUCAAGUGGCGAUCAGAAAGAAAGAGGUGACAAGGUGUUUGUAGUUAGGCGAUUUGUCAGUGAGAUUAAAGUUUGUGUUGGUGCUAACUGAUUUCAGGAGCUUCAUCACGUCUUUGAGAGAUCCAACCUUAAAUGUUGAAGCAGCAAGCUUGUAAUAUGAGUUGUUAAUGACGAGUUUUGCAUUGUUGAGAUAUUUUCUGUUAGGCAUAUGACUUCAAAGAUAAUUUAUCAAAAUUGUAGUAUGUAGCGAACUCUUCAGUCAUGCAUAUUGAAUGGUUUUUGAUAAAUUGAUUUGGUGAUUUGUACUGGAGUCUAUGGGCUCAAAGCUUGUGUAUUUAAGCAUCAUUAUACUUUCUUGAUAUCG